ACCAUGCAUUAAUCAAAGUAAAAAGACAACUUAACAAUACCGCCAGUACGCUAAUUCAGUUGUUUUUCUCAUACACGCGUCUCAACAAAAAACGUACACAACAACAAUCUUAUCACUGCGUAGGUAUGUUGACCUAGUAUCAUGCCGUAUAAUAUGAGGUUCACAGAGUAUUUUUAAGUUAAGUAACAAUCAUUUCGGUCAUUAUACGAGAAUGUGCAAGACAAAGCCCGACCUUGCGUCGCGGGGACGCGCUGCGCUCACGCCCGCCCCACCGGCCAACACCAUUUCUUAUAAAACCCACUGCUGGAUAUCAGAUGUAUGUCAGUCACGCAUUACAAACCCACUCAAAAAAUGUUCGCAAAAAUCCUUGCUCUCGGCGCGGUAGCAGCGGUGGCUCAGGCUGGCCUCCUUGGACACGGGGGUUACUCCGUCUCCUCGCAGCAUAACCUCGUCCACCACGACACUCAUUACUCCGCUCCUCUGGUCCAUGCCGCCCCUGUCCACGUCGCCCCUGUGUUACAUGCUGCCCCCAUCGUAGCUGCCGCCCCCAUUUCCCACGGAUACUCUGGACACGGUCAUGAGGACUAUUACUCUCACCCCAAAUACCAGUACUCGUACUCCGUGGAGGACCCCCACACCGGCGACCACAAGUCCCAGCAUGAGAGCCGCGACGGUGACGUGGUGAAGGGAGAAUACUCCCUGCUGCAGCCCGAUGGUUCCUUCCGCAAGGUGUCCUAUUCCGCUGACGACCACAAUGGAUUCAACGCAGUGGUACACAACUCCGGCCCCAGCCAUCAUGUGUACUCUUCCCAGCAUCAUCACUAUUAGAGCCCACUGGAUGAAGCCUUAGCAGCGUCUAUUUAUUCUCACUGUGAUCUUCGUGUAUAUAUAAUAUACUCUUGGUAAAAUUAUAGUCAUUAAAAUAGUACAAACAAACAUUAACCUUUAUUAUUUAUUUCAAAACCUAACCUCUAAAUACGGAAAGUAGUUACUACCGUUUUACCUCUACACUUCUUCAUUAAGAUUCAUUGUAGAAAUUUUCUCGCCUCG